AUUGUACCAAGACUAUCCUACUUUCAGUUUCACCAGCUUCGGUAUUUUUCCAAAUUUCAGCGUUGUAUUGAAAAAUAUUUGCUAACGAUGGUCAGCUCUUUGAGGAUUUUCUUUGACUUGAAUUGUCACCAUCUGUCUCAAAUCAAUGAAACAGCAACAGACGCCAACAGAAAUGACAAGUGCCACGUCAGCCGAGUCUGAUCAUGUCAUACCAGUGAGGAAAUUUUAUGGCAGUGCCCAUAGAAAACGAAGGAAAUGUCUGGACAGACCCAGAGGUCACGAGAGGCUGGACAAAAGGGAUGUGUGGAGGUGGAAAGUUCCCUUGGACUACCAUACCAGACUUCUUGGACCCACAUUUUGCUGGCAGACUUUUUACAGGCAACGCGACGCUUUUAAAUUUGUGGAAGGAUGUAAUGAGACAACUGGCCCCAGACCAGAGACAUCAUUAUGAAAUUAUUCCUGAAGGCAAUCCUUGCAAGUUGUACUUCGACCUGGAGUUUAUGGUGGACUACAACCCCCGGGCUGACGGGCCGAGGAUGGUUGAUGUACUCAUCCAGUACGUGUCUGCGUGGCUGUAUCUCACCUUCGGUGUGUCGUGUGGCCGGGAUGAUGUCCUUGACCUUGAUGCUAGCACAAAAAGCAAGUUCAGUCGUCACCUGAUCUUUCAGCUGGACCAGGCGGUGUUUCAGGACAAUGUUCAAGCAGGUCAGUUUGUGCGGAGGAUAUUUGGGCAGUUGGUCCAACACGUCGGUCACCCUGAGCCUGUUGGAAACGCAGAGGCUCGGUCAUCGUGCGGCGUGGUGCGUGAGAGCGUCGGUGCGUCUGGAAGUCAGCGUCGUGAGGGAAGCGCAAGAGGAGACUGUGGUACUUCGAGGAGCCGCUCUUUGACAAGUCCGAACCUCCUCGGUGAAGCAGACGUCUGUGAUUCGUUUUGUCCCGAUGACUCGUUUGACGAGGAGAUCUCAUUGUUUGAGGACGACUUUUUCGACGAGAGUUUGUUCAGUUUCGAAGUCUACCCCAUGGAAGACGGAGAUGACGAUAUGGAUGCCGGUGGUGGUGCGGUGAGAAGUGGAAGCAAACGUGCGAUGAACGCUGAAAGCUUACAGAGUUCUGCUCAGAGUAGAAGUGACCUAGAGGGUGGAAAAACUAUUUCAGUCUCUCCGACCCGAGUGUCAGAAAGUGCUGAUGAUUUUGGAAGCAAAGAAAAUGAUAAUAAUAAUGACGGACGAUUUUGUAGUGGUGGAAGUGAUAAGAGUGAGACGCACAGAGUUGAUUUUGGAAGCGUUAAUGAUAAUGGUGGGCGACUUUGUAGUACUGGAAGUGAAAAGAGUGAGACGCACAGAGCUGACCCAGGAAGCAGAGUAAAUGUUUAUGAUAGUGAUAAUGGCAGACGAUUUUGUAGUAGUGGAAGUGAAAAGAGUGAGACGCACAGAGUUGAUGACUCUGGAAGCAGAAGUGAGACGUGUGUGAGCGAGGAGAAAUGUGGCCUUGGGGUUGUACCGGUAGAUCUCCCUGACGUAAGUCUCCCGAGUUUACAUACACGUUCGCCCGGCCAUCAUCACCAGCGUGCAAGCCGAUCGCACAAGACGGCGGAGAGCACUUUCUCGUCCAUCGGCGCUGACUGCACUAACACUGACCACAUAAAUGCUGCAGACGACGGGGAGCAAGUCAAGGGAGGCGACUGCUGUAGGACAGCCAGUCCGACAGAUGCAGACGUUGCCCGUCUGUUUGAACAAUUCGACGGAGAAGAUCUCCGGUCCCUGCUCAUUGUCAACAAGGAUGGAGUCUCCACGCUGUUCUGUGAUCUAGCCGUGUACACCAGGAACCGUAACUUCCGCCUCUUCCUGUCCAGCAAGGGCCAGAAGCAGAACCCACUGCUCGUGUCUCGCCAGAACACCUUCCGACCGCCCGAGCAUGUGGACGUCGACGAGGCUGUCUUCUACGCCUCGCUCAUCUCUCUCGGCAGGCAUACCCCCGGUGCCAAAGUGUUACAGUUUGAGAGUUCAGCCCCUGCUGAGCUACGGAAUGUUCCGAUGUCGUCAUCGGGUCUCAGAGUCGGGCCGUCUAGUACAAGGAAAGUGGCCACAGAGUCGAAGCAAGACACGAUGGAGGGCUGGGGCUGCCUGUCUCCGUUCGUGGAGACUGACCACUUCAUCCUGUCGCUAGUGUCGGGGGCCGGCAGACGCGGAGUCAUUCGGCACUGGACCUACUUCCCCGGCUCCGACAGCCUCAUCUACGACAUCGCCGGCUCUCGCUGGUGCGGCAACGUGGGGCGGGAGCACCGCAGCAACAACGUCAUGUACGUUGUGGACCUGCGGCGAGCCGUGUACUACCAGAAGUGUUAUGACCCAGACUGUCAGGCCGUGGGAUACAAGUCUGAAGAGAAAGAUCUACCCCGUCAUUGUCUCCCUUGGACCUUCCUGUCGGAUGACGAGUUUUCUGACGAGGAAAUGAUCCCCGAUGGCCAGGAGGAAAUGACACACGUUGGACGAGAUAAUCCCACGAGUUCAUCCAUGAACCACAUUGGACGAGAUGAUCCCGCGAGUUCAUCCAUGAACCACAUUGGACGAGAUGAUCCCGCGAGUUCAUCCAUGAACCACAUUGGACGGGAUAAUCCUGCGAGUUCAUCCUCAGAAUCAUGCGAGCGACAACAUCCUGGAAAGGGUGUGGGCGAGGGUGAGGGCGACUGUGAAAGCAGACGUGCACCGAAAUGUGAAAAUCAGCGUGGUGCUCAGCGUACCGUCGGGAGAUCUCGACUUGGUGAGGAUACGGUCAUCAGUACCGUGGAUCGUCGUUUCGACGAGUUGGACGAGGGGGUCGUAGGUGUGGGGAUGGAGGAGGACGAGGAUGAAGAUGGUGUAGAUUUCAUGCUAGUCACAGCUGCAGAGAAGGCUGAACAAGAGGACAGAUUAUGUGGAUUGUGAUAUAAUUGCCAUAGAAGCAUGUUGCUGUACAGAUUUUGAUGCGGAUAAACGUUCUUGGAAACAAUGUGUGAGACAGCGUGGUGGAAUCAGGCUCUCGUCAAUUUUUGGGCAUGUAGAGUUAUUGGUAUCA